AUGGACAGCCUGGAAGACAGUGCCUGGGCGGGCGGGAUAGCGGCUGCUCCCUGCGAUGCCGAGGGUGCGCGCCACUGUGCCACGCCCCGAGGCUGCUGUGGCCUCCUUCCCAGCUUGCCAAGGCCCACCCAAUGCCAGCCUCGGGCCCCUCCUCUGCUUCUGUUUGUUGUUGUUGGGGGUUUGCAGGUCCUCUUCCUAGCUUCUGUGGCCACAAUGCAUCAGUGUGAUUUGUGUAUUUUGGCAACUCAAGGGCCUUGGGAUGAUCUUGAACCUUUGCUUUUAGCCAGAACUCCUGUUUCGGGCAGGUUUUGGGGGUGGUGUCUCGCAGAUGCCCUUAGAGCUUUUGCCUGCCAUAAUCUUCUGAAGCUCCUUCCCAACCUCAUCCAGCAGCUGGGGUCGAAGUUUAUCUGUGUGUGUGUGUGUGUGUGUGUGUGUGUGUGUGUGUAG